CAAGGUCUAGUCAGAAUUGAUAUUGCAUGGGAUUCCAUUUCUAUUCAUCAUGAAAGUGUAAGAUUUUUUGGAUUGAAUUCUCUUAUGAAAUCGUUUUGAAGAUUGAAAGAUGCUAAAGAUUUUUUCUAUGUUUUUUUAAAAACUGUUUUAUAACUCCAAAGUAAUAACAUGAGCUGUUGUCCUGGAUUCCGAUUGCAUGCAAGUUGUGCCUAACAUGCUUUAUUUAUGUAGACUCGAUGCUAAUGCUGGUCUACUCUCCAACUUUGAAGUGAUGGAUCUGUUGCGAUCCAGAGGAGCCACUCAAGAUCCUUUGGGUUCAUUUGGCUCUGCAACUCGAUCUGAAUGCCAGGUUUUUGAUUACUUGGUGCAGUCUCCAGCGGGAACCCUGACUCGGGAGAUUGUACGGGAGUUCUUGUUGAAGGCAGAAAAGUUUUCACUUACAAAAGCAGAACGAGUUCAAGUUCUAAAUCUUAGGCCUUCCACAGCAGUUGAAGUCCAUAUGAUAAUAGAAGACUGUGAGGAGAGAAUGUCAAGUUCAACUGUUGAUGAAUUCCUUGAAAUGGUCAAGAGUAGUUUACCGCCCCCGCCAAUGAAACCUCAGGUAGAAGAUGAAGAGGAAAAUGAUGAAGCAGAUGAGGAAAAUGAUGAAGCAGAUGAGGGCAAUGAUGUAGAAAUGGAUGCCGAGGAAGAAGUGGAAUAAAGUGCCUAUGUUGUCAACCAUCAAGUGAUUGCAUAUUGUAAUUUGUAAUAUGAUAAUAUUAUAAUCUUUUACAUCAGAAAAGGUGGUAUAAUAUAAUGUACUUCAAAAAGAAGGGUAGUUAAUAUAAAAUGGGGUCAAGAGACAUCUCAUAAGUGAAGAUGUUCUUUGAAUGAUACCAUUCAAUGCAAUUUAUUAAUGAAGUGGUAGAGAUGCAAGCCUUUUCAAGCA